GAUAAGGCCGGGCGGCGGCAGCUCGGGAGCUGUCCUGUGUCCGCGGCUUGGCAAAACACUUGGCCCGACUUGACCACGACCCCGCGCUUCUCUCCACGGAGGACAACAUCAGGUGUCUCCGGUGUACGUGACGAGCUUUUUUGCACGUCUUGAAAUACCCAGGAUCCGCGUACCAGUCAAGAGCUAGCCCUAGUGGUUGUGCUAGGCAUUGUCAACUCGAGAUAUGCGGUGACCGACAGCUGUUAUAAGCAACCCUGGUCCGCCAUGGACGCCUAUCCCCAACAUUACGUCGCGCACAACCUUCCAUUUGUUCUGCUUUCCGGCCUUGAAACCCACGAGUCACCAGGAGAUCCGAAGACGGAGGAGAUAGCCUAUCCUUUGCUGAAAGAGAAUGGGUUCACGAUAGAGUCGGAUUUUCCACCCCUGGACGGGUCAAGUGCAGAGGAAUUGCGGAGUUUGUUCCUCAAUGAGAAUGCGUCACGGAAUCCUUGGGAUCCUUGGGAUCCUUGGGAUCAUCUAGGGGCCGAUAGCUCAAAGGUUAAAUACAAAAUAAAGUCUGUUGGGCGGACUUCCGCCACGAAAGGCGAACCCACCUCCUACCUCCCCGCCCGCGAGCCCGACAGAUGAUCGAAACCAUGACAUACAACAUGGGGCUUCGGUCAUCCUCCAUUCGCCCAUCUCCCCGUUGACGCCUAGCUCACCGACGUUUCCGGACGGUAUAAUGACGCCUCUAUGGACCGCAAAGCACCAAGACCUCGUUCCGGCCGCGGUAGUCAAUUUCUAUCCCUUUUGCCUGGACCCAAACAUGAGCUCUUUGCGUGACAAUCAAUUGAAGAUCGAAAUCAAUGGACUCAAGAAACAAUGGUCGGACUCCGGCUAUAAAACUCGAUUUGUUGUCGUUCUCUUGUCGGACCAAGUCCAAGGUCCGGACUUAGGAGACGUAGAUGAUCGGAUAAUGGGCAUUCGAAGAUCAACCAAUUUGGAUCAGAAAUCGAUAUUCUUGCUUCCACCCGACGUGACUCUGGAAGAGCUGAGAGAGUUUACAAAGUCACUUUUGUCCGUCUUGCAUCCAUCACUGAUGGAGUACUAUCGUGAUUUAUCCAAGCACGCCCGGAGGAAAAGGAAUAGGAGCAGUAUCCCACCCCCGACGGCACCUCCAACGAGCACAUCUCAAACGCUGUCUCUCCAAGGGUGGAAUACCCGCUACGAAUUCAAAAUGGGGAUUUUUGCGGAAUUUCGGCGGGAGAUAGACGCCGCCCUCAAAAACUACGUGAAUGCUUACGAGACUUUAUUCGGACAAGAGGUUUUUGAGAACAUUGCCGGAUGGGAUCCCAAAUUUAAUGACGCCCGCCUCCUAGCUGAUGCGCUUGCCAUACGGAUAAUCCGCUACCUACUGCUUACCGGACAAACGACUUCUGCAGUAAGAUUCUGGGUAAAUCACCGAAGAUGCUCCCAGGAUAUUGUCAACAGGCGAGGGAAAGGCACGAGAAAUUAUGGGUGGGAAGCUUGGGAGGGUAGAUGGUCGACCGUGAUGGCUCAACUCGUUCAUCAAGCGGAGGUCCCUCAUUUGACGUCUGUAGGAAUCUCGCAAGCUCAAUUCAACGAGCACAAUUCCAUCUUCGUUCCGCGCGAAAAGACCUCCCUUCCAGGAAACGAGGUAGCGCCGUGGGAGCAACUUCACCAUGAGGGUUAUUGGCUGUAUCGUUCAGCUAAACACACAAUGUACCGGAGAACUUUAGCGGAGCAGAUCCCGCCAGAAGACUGCACACCGCCAGGUCAAUCCCCUGCGUCUCAAAUAGCUAGUAAAGCUUACCUUUACGACACAUACCUUGCACCGGAAACCCACCUCGAGGCACCGCAGUCAGGGACGGGUGGAUUCGAUCACUCCUCACUGAUUCUAAGUACACUCAACGCGGCAUUGAGCGAGUUCUCGAAGCGGAGUCAAGUACGGAUGACGGAGAGCCUCACUUUGGAGAUUGCUGAAGAAUACAUGCGACUAGGUUCUUGGCAAGAGGCUUAUAAUAUUCUUCGUCCACUCUGGACGACCCUGACCUGGCGUCGUUCUGGAUGGUGGGGGCUUAUGGAGAAGUUUGCCUGGGCCUUGAGAGGGAGUGCUGCACAUAUCGGAGAUUGCGAAGCAGUUUUACGUGUUGAUUGGGAAUUGUUAAGUUGCGCAUUUACACCUCGAUCUGGGUGGAAAUACGACAUUCACCAGAGCCUCGCAUCCAUUCCAUCAACAAUGCCAAAACCAUCUAUUGUGGUCAAGGCGGAGGAUGUCGUACCAACUAUCACCGCAACAUUUAUCUUUCAGAAAGCCGAGGGAAACGUCGGUGAGCCUUUGCAUGGCCAACUAAUAUUGUCAUCCUGUACUCAACAACCGUCUGCUCCAAUCAAGUUUGCAGAGCUCAAACUUGCCUUUGAAGGCUGUCUACGGCCGAUUCGUUUGCAAUCAGAUGAGAAUGAAGAUGCCGAUACAAUCACCCGCUGCGUCAUAUCGUCGCCUUCUCUGCGUGAUCCGAGUGUUCUAUCUGACUCCUCGGUCCUUCAAUCGCCCACUAGUGGAUUAGCUGCACUUACAGGUAUUGCAGAUCUAACUCUGGGGCCUUCCCAGACCAAAAUAUACAACCUGACGUGUAUUCCCCGAGAAGCUGGAGAGUGCCGCGUGGCUUCAGUGGCUCUUUUAAUCGAGGAAGAGAAAUUCGAUCUUACUUAUGCCAUCUCAGAUACUGUCCAGCACGAAGCUUUCUGGUGGCAGCAAAACCCAAAGGGUGCAGUUCGAAGAAGAAUUGGCAAAGGGCGUGAUAUCAAUCGCUGCAAAAUUCUACCAAAGCCACCCAAGAUACGAAUCACUGUUCCAAAUAUCAGAAACACCUACUACACGAGCGAGCGUAUCGUUCUUGAACUCGUGGUCCAUAAUGAAGAAGACGAGGCUGCCGAUGUUCUUGCUGAAUCGAGGCUCUUUGGCCGCCCUGGUUCUACGGCGAAGAUUGCGUGGCUGGAAGAUGAAAACUCUUCAGAGGCAUCUUUGAAAUCUGGGUCGAGUACCCCAGUAGGGGACGUGUCCCACUUUAUAAAAAAGCCAGUUGGGGUCAUGGAAAGCUCUUCCCACCGUGAACUGGCGAUUGUCCUUGCCAAUACCGAGGAGAGCUUCGAGUAUGAGCUGGAAAUAUCUGCAGUGUAUAACCUCGUCUCAGAUGUCCAAACGCCAAUAAUCGCCACUACACGGUUGACUGUCUCUAUCGUUCGGCCAUUUGAAGCGAAUUAUGAAUUCCUUGCACGCCUUCACCCAGACCCGUGGCCAGAUUUUUUUACAGUUGACGAUGACUUGAUUGGACCGCCAGAAACUGCAAAACCCGGAGGGUUGGCCCAAAAAUGGUGUCUUGACACGAAAGUGGUUUCAUUCGCCCGCGAGCCUCUGGUCAUUGAGCAAAUGUCUCUUGUGCUGCUGAAUCUGAGCGGAGGGGCCACUUCUCAGAUUGGCUCCGAGGUUCUUGUCAGCCCAGAAGCGUCAGUGAUUGGCCCCGAAGAACUCCGUCAAUCGAACUUUACCCUGGAUAUCCAGAAGAGCGUCCUAGGCGAUCGACGCCCCACGUCAGUAAACCUCGCACUGGAGAUCCAAUGGCGGAGGAGUGAGACUGGUGGAAGCACGACGACGACGACACUCGCGAUUCCGCGGUUUGUCAUACCUGCCGGCGAGCCUCGCGUUCUCGCUUCCGCCAUGCCCUCUAAUAAGCUUCCUGGAUUAAUACACAUGGAGUAUACACUGGAAAAUCCGUCGCUGCAUUUUCUCACAUUCAACUUGACCAUGGAAGGCAGCGAGCAUUUUGCUUUCAGCGGCCCGAAGGCAAUGGUGGUUCAAUUAGCCCCCGUAAGCCGCCACACGGUCCGAUACAACUUGAUGGCCUACAAGCGAGGCCUCUGGAUACAGCCGCAGCUCCUUGUGGUGGAUGCAUACUUUAACAAGACGCUGCGAGUGCUUCCUACGGAGGAGAUGCGAUCAGAUAAGAAGGGAAUUCUGGCAUGGGUUGAUGUGGACGAAUAGAUCUCAACGUCUACUAGCUUAAUGAUAUAGAGGGUACGCAUACUAAAACUGAUGAGGAUGAAAUAUGCAUGGACAAAAAUCACGUGGUAUAACUUAUCCUUAUCAUGCAAUUCACAAGCGGACUAGCGCCAGCGAUCGGAAG